UCCCUCACCUUACAGUUUCACAAUCCAGAAGGCGUCUUGAUAAACGCCGUUCUUUCUAGGGUUUCCGAUCCUUUUCCUUUUCCCUUUCCUUUUCCCGUUCCUUUUGUAUUUUCUCGAGAAAAUGAGAGAGUGCAUUUCGAUUCACAUCGGUCAGGCCGGUAUUCAGGUCGGAAACGCCUGCUGGGAGCUCUACUGCCUCGAGCAUGGCAUUCAGCCUGAUGGACAGAUGCCGAGCGACAAGACGGUUGGCGGAGGAGACGAUGCCUUCAACACGUUCUUCAGCGAGACCGGCGCCGGAAAACACGUCCCACGCGCCGUCUUCGUGGAUCUGGAGCCCACCGUCAUCGACGAGGUGAGGACAGGAGCCUACCGCCAGCUCUUCCAUCCUGAGCAGCUCAUCAGCGGCAAGGAAGACGCAGCCAACAACUUCGCCCGUGGCCAUUAUACUAUUGGGAAGGAGAUUGUUGACCUUUGCUUGGACCGGAUCCGGAAAUUGGCCGACAACUGCACUGGACUCCAAGGUUUCUUGGUCUUCAAUGCGGUCGGUGGUGGUACCGGAUCUGGACUCGGGUCGCUUCUUCUGGAGCGUCUUUCUGUGGACUACGGCAAGAAGUCGAAGCUCGGUUUCACAGUCUACCCCUCGCCUCAGGUUUCCACAUCUGUGGUGGAGCCGUACAACAGCGUCCUCUCGACGCACUCCCUCCUGGAGCACACUGAUGUCGCGGUGCUUCUCGACAAUGAGGCCAUCUACGACAUCUGCCGCCGAUCCCUCGACAUCGAGCGCCCCACCUACACCAACCUCAACCGCCUCGUCUCUCAGGUGAUCUCAUCGCUCACCGCAUCUUUGAGGUUCGAUGGAGCCCUCAACGUUGAUGUGACUGAAUUCCAGACCAACUUGGUCCCUUACCCGAGGAUCCACUUCAUGCUUUCAUCCUUUGCUCCUGUUAUCUCAGCAGAGAAGGCGUACCACGAGCAACUCUCCGUGGCUGAGAUCACCAACAGUGCAUUUGAGCCAUCGUCUAUGAUGGCCAAGUGCGACCCACGGCAUGGCAAGUACAUGGCCUGCUGCCUGAUGUACCGAGGUGAUGUUGUUCCCAAGGAUGUCAACGCUGCUGUGGCUACAAUCAAGACCAAGCGAACCAUCCAGUUUGUCGACUGGUGCCCCACCGGAUUCAAGUGUGGAAUCAAUUACCAGCCACCAACUGUUGUUCCCGGAGGCGACCUUGCCAAGGUGCAGAGGGCUGUGUGCAUGAUCUCCAACUCCACCAGUGUGGCCGAGGUGUUCUCCCGCAUUGACCACAAAUUCGAUCUCAUGUAUGCCAAGCGUGCCUUUGUUCACUGGUACGUUGGUGAGGGUAUGGAGGAAGGAGAGUUCUCUGAGGCACGUGAGGAUCUGGCUGCUCUAGAGAAGGAUUAUGAGGAGGUGGGUGCCGAGUCUGCUGAGGGUGAGGAUGGUGAUGAAGGUGAUGAAUACUGAUUGUUCUUCUGUUUGAGUGCUGUGUCUCGAGUUAUGAUGCUAUGUGAUCGAAUCUGUAUUUUCCUUUUCCGUACUUUAAAUGUUUUUUGGUGUUAGUUUGUUAUGCACUUGCUUUGUGCAUCCCAGUAUCAAAGUGAUAUGCAUGUCUGCGUUAUGUUGUUGUUCUUCUUUUAAUUGAAAUCUAUUCGUAUUUUGGUUA